AGAUAUGGAGUUGGAUGCAGAGACUGAAACGGAAACGAGGCCGUACAAGCUUCUGCUCUCAUGCCCAUCUGGUCUCUCACCUUCACAGGUUUCCGUGGUUUUUGAUGAACUAUAUGACCGAAUCCCCCAUCCUGAUAUCAACUUGGAGAAUUCUAUUUCUGAGAUAUGGGACCAAAGGGUUCAGAGGAAUCCAUCAUUGUACAAUGGAACAAAGUUCAGGCACAGACAUCAUAUAUGGUACAACCGAGGACCUAACCAAGAGUCUCAUGUAUGCCUCCACCUUGGUUUGACAGAUUAUAGGACUUUUGUGGGUACAAACUUAAAUCCUUUAUGGGAAAAGUUCCUAGCUCCAUCCGAAGAUGAUGCUAUACAAUGUCAGCACACCUCAAGUCCGAUGGGUAAUGGUGCUAUUGUGGAGACAUCUGACAAGAAAGUACUUGUGUUGCAAAGAAGUCACAAUGUUGGGGAAUUUCCUGGACACUUUGUUUUCCCAGGAGGCCAUCCGGAGCCUCAAGAAGUCGGAAUAAUAUCUCAUCAUCACAAGGACUUGACAGACCUCGAACUUCUUAACAAGAAGGUUUCUCAGGAGAUGUUCGACAGCAUUGUUCGUGAAGUAGUAGAAGAAAUUGGAGUACCUUCAGAUUCCCUUUACGAGCAUGUUUUCAUUGGUAUAUCCCGCAGGGUGUUGAAUGUGAGGCCAGCUGCAUUUUUCUUUAUGAAAUGCAGUCUCAGCUCAAAGGAAAUUCAGCAAAUGUAUACUACUGCACAAGACAGCUUUGAGUCGACUCAGCUUUACACAGUUUCGAUGAUGGAGCUGGAGAACAUGGCAUCAAAAAUGCCAGGUUGCCAUGAAGGCGGUUUUGCUUUAUACAAGUUAAUGGUAGAAGCUGGAAGAAUGCCUGAUGCGAGAGCAUAAGUACUGCUCAAAUUUUUGGACCGCUAAGUCUCACCUGCUUCCAAGGUCAUUUCUACGGUUCAAUUCCCUUUCCUUGUUGUAAUAUUAUUUCGUAAGAAUGAAAUCUUAUGCAGCACCACAUUAUCAUAGAAAGCUUUUGAUUCAUCAUUGCUGCAUAAGACUAGUCCUUUAUCGAUUUCCUAAGUCCAUUAAGAGAUUGAGAGGCGUACAAGCGGUCUUAAGUCGGGAACAAAAUUAGAUGAGAGUGCCUUUGCCAAUGCAAUGGUCUAUGAGUGUGCAUUCUGAACGCUCGAUUGUGAUGUAGUUGUGAUGUUUGUGCUAAAUUGUUUGUCCUACUGUGCUCUAAGUAUGAAGAACCCAAAUUAUUGAUGUUGGGCUGUUGAUUUGCUUCCAAUAGAAUCAUUCUGAUCGUAUUUGUU